AUGAAGGGCUCAAUUUUCACUUUAUUUCUAUUCUCUGUCCUACUUGGCAUCUCAGAAGUAAGGAGCGAGGAGUCGCUGAAGCUCUGUGGAAAAGACUUCAUCAGAGCAAUCAUCUACAUCUGUGGUGCCUCUAGGUGGCGGAGGCAGCUGGAGGGAAGUCUUCAAGUUCAGCAAGCAGAGAGAGGAAAUCACUUCCGGUUCCCGAAUGCACACGAGGUUUCUGAGGAAAUCACAAUGCAAAACCUUCUGAAGCUGGACUCUGCAGUAGAGAAUCUUCCUCAGGGUAGACAGCUGCCCAUGGAAGGGAUGUGGGUGUCCAGGAAGCAUUCAAUGAAGUCAAGAAGAGACCUCCCUCUUACCUGCUGCACUGCUGGCUGUAGCAUGGCUGAUUUGAGCUCUUUUUGUUAA